CGGCUUCUGACUUCACCUGCCUUUCCAGUCCUGGGCCUGUACGCACAGUUCCCUUUUAUAGAAGAGGAAACAGGCUCAGAGAGGCCUGCUCUACACUCCCAGAGGGUCCUACCCCUCGGAAAUUCCUUCCUAGCUCUGCCACAUCCCCCAGCAAAGUCUUUGGAUGCCUCAAGCUUGGUCCCCAUGCCCCCCCAUCACUCAGACCCUCUCCAGGGCUCUCUAGUUCUUUAAGAAACCCUUGAAGACACCCCUUUGAUGCCACCACACACAGGACCCGGCCUGGAGGAGCCUCCAUGAUGGGGGAAACUGAAUCAGACACAGACAUCCCCAACCGCCUGGCGUCUUCCGGGGUCUGAGUCCGGGUCUCCAGAACUCCCGGGGCGGGGCCACGCCCAAGUGCCUGCCCAUCACGGCCCGUAUGCAAAUGAGCCCCAUCCCGCCCAAUCAGCUCCCGUGGGGGCGGGGCCGCACAUUCUGAAGGCACCUGUGGCAGCCCUGCGCUCCGAGCUCUGUGCUGCAGCUGCAAGACUGGUCCGUGAGCGUCCAGAGGGCCCCGGGCCCAGCAGGCCAAGGUCGCUCUACCCAGCCUGGCACAAUGGGGAGGAAAAAAAUCCAGAUCUCCCGCAUUCUGGACCAAAGGAAUCGGCAGGUGACAUUCACUAAGCGGAAGUUCGGGCUGAUGAAGAAGGCCUAUGAGCUGAGCGUGCUCUGCGAUUGUGAGAUCGCCCUCAUCAUCUUCAACAGCGCCAAUCGCCUCUUCCAGUAUGCCAGCACGGACAUGGACCGUGUGCUCCUGAAGUACACAGAGUACAGUGAGCCCCACGAGAGCCGCACCAACACCGACAUCCUCGAGACACUGAAGCGGAGGGGUGUGGGCCUUGAUGGACCAGAGCUGGAGCCAGAUGAAGGGCCUGACGGGCCAGGAGAGAAGCUGCGAAGGUUGGCAGGUGACGGGGGUGACCCAGCCUUGCCCCGGCCCCGGCUCUAUCCAGCAGCCCCUACUAUGCCCAGCCCGGACAUGGUAUAUGGGGCCCUGCCCCCACCAGGCUGCGACCCCAGUGGGCUUGGGGAGGCCCUCCCCGCCCAGAGCCGCCCUUCUCCUUUCCGGCCCGCAGCCCCCAAAGCUGGGCCCCCAGGCCUGGCACACCCUCUCUUCUCACCGAGCCACCUUGCCAGCAAGACACCACCACCCCUGUACCUGGCAGCAGAUGGGCGGAGGCCGGACCUGCCUGGUAGCCUGGCGGGGGCCCGAGGGGGACUGAACACCUCAAGAGGCCUCUAUGGUAGCCUACAGAGUCCAUGCUCUGCCACAGCUCCGGGACCCCCACUCGGGAGUUUCCCCUUCCUCCCUGCAGGCGCCCCAGAAUAUGGCCUGGGAGACCCCCCUCCGCCCCCUGGCCUGCUGCAGCCCCCCACCCUGGCCCCCUGGCAGCAUUCCAGGGGUGAUGGGCCCCCAGCCGCCCCUCCCCAGCCGAGUGGGAGCCGAAGCCUGAGUGAGGAGGGUCCCCCCGCCCGUGGCGCCUCCCCACCAACCCCCCCAGUCAGCAUCAAGUCCGAGCGCCUCUCGCCGGCCCCUGGGGGCCCCGGCGACUUUCCCAAGACUUUCCCCUAUCCCUUGCUCCUGUCCCGGCCCCUGGCAGAGCCCCUACGGCCCGGACCCCCCCUGCGCCGUCUGCCCACUGCCGACGGCUGGGCUCGGUAGUGGACCCAGGGGUGGCACGGGUCCUUCCUCCCACGUGGGGCGAGGGCACGUGGGGUCCCAGUCUCCCUCCCCACGUCGUUAGAAAAGAGCCAGCAGUUAACGUCCCUCCAAAGUGAGGGCCUGGAGUUCAGAUCCACGGUCGGGGGUGGGGGAUCCUUUCUCCCUUUCCUGUGUGUGUAUCCACCAAUAAAACACGCGUGGU